AUGGCCCCACCUCCUUCUCUCGCCUCAUCAAACUCCACAUCUUCAACCCGUCGUCCAUCUUAUACCAGAAACGAACUUUUCUCACUUGCUCAAACUCCCGAUCUUCCAUCCAUCAAAGGUCUAGAAAAGUUCCCCAUCAUCCGUGAGAGACGUGAAACUGAUGGAUGGGAUAAAUGGGGUAUAGACGAAUCCUUCUCUUCGUUACUCAACAACGAACCGAUCUCCAAACUUUUUCCUGUCCCUCCUUCUCUUCCUUCUGCUCCAGUUUUAAUCCCUUCAAGUGAAAGGACUUCCACCACGACCAAUAUGAGUAUUUCGACUGUUCCUUCUCCUCAAAAUCUUAUUCGUCUUCCCGAAAGCGACAACACCUCUCCCCUCGUAAACAACAAGACUAGCGAGGAGCAGGAUAAAAAGACAGAAUUAGUAUUUGAAUACCUCUCACCUGCCAGUAAAGAAGCUCCCGCUCCACCUAUCAGAUUGGCAUUUACCAACCCUUUCGAUACUUCUCGUCCACUUGCUGAACAGAAGAAACCAAGUGCAGUGUCCAUCUUCAACACUCCUGGAUCUCUCUCGCGCACUUCGUCCACUUCCACAGCGUCGACAUUAGGUAUGAUGAGUUUGGGCAAAGACUUUGACAAUCUUCGUCUUCAUCGAUCAAUGUCUCGUUCGUCAUCGAUUUCUUCCGUAUCGUCUGGUUCGGCCGAUGACCCCGAUUGGCGUAAAUCUCAGAAGAAAGAGGAACGAAGAUCAACCUUGAACAGAUUCGCUGCUCCAUGGCCAUUGCCAGCUACGACCCCUGUCAUUGCUCCUAUGCCAAGCUCCAGUCCUGGUCCUCGACUCCAGGCGUUGAAGACAAAGAUCGGGGUUUCUGAACAUGGGAUGUCUCAUGUAGAGGUCGGGAAGGGAGUGAAUGAGGCGAAGGAUGAAGGGACAAGUUUACCCUUGCCUAAACCUGCCAGCUUGCCCCCUCGUCCGGGACCUAUUGCACCGGUGUAUGUCAAACGCGAGUCGGCAGCUUUGGCACAACCCAUGUCGUUGCCUAAUGUGGCACCGAUGAGUCAUGUUUGGGAGACGGAGGAAGCUAUGAGUGGCAACGAACGACGACGUAGGGCGAGUCAAGUGAGUGGAGGACAAGGUUGGCAGACGCCCAGUCGAGGUACGAGCGACGCAGGUUCUGUCAGCUCGGAAGAGGGUCGAGGUCAGGAUCAGAGACCUGAAAGGUUGGUCAACUUGGGAAAGAGUUUGAGAAAGAGUGUCAGUGAGAAGGUCAGGGCAUGA